AUGCUGCCUGCUACUGGGGACAGAGGCAUGAUGAUUGUGGCAACCGACUACUUCACUAAAUGGGUAGAAGCAGAGCCCAAGACGACCACGACUCAAACGGACAUAGAGCACUUCAUAUGGAGGAACAUCAUUUGCCGAUUUGGCAUCCUACAGUCCAUGAUCACUGACAAUAGCUCGCAAUUCGUGGGCAAAGUUAUGGCGAAGUUCUUCCAAAAGUAUGGCAUUAAGCAGCACAUGUCCACGUCGAGAUAUCCUAAAGGUAAUAGGCGGGCCAAAGCAUCUAACCAGAUGAUCCUCGAAAAUGGCCAGACGAACUCCUCGAAUGUCUACAGGCAUAACGCACCACCAAACGACGAGUAA